AUGAUUCCAAGUGUACGCCUUAGCGAGAAAUUGGAGAAAACUGCUUAUGUCCGAAUAGUAACCUGUGCCCUGAGUAAUGGGGAGUAUACCUACAGACAUUUACCCGGAUUGUACGUGUUAGAACUGGUGCCUGGUUGUGAGGCUCAGUUGGACGGACGAUUGCAAAAAGACGAUCAGAUUUUGGAAAUAAACGGCAUUGAUCUCUCGGACGGGACCCAAGAGCAGGCUGCACACAUCAUUAACACCGCUGCAGAUUGGGUGAACUUCAAGGUCAGUCGACGACAUCGUGCAGACACACCAGAUAUUUUGCGCAUCACAAACGGUUCGGACGAACAGGUGCAACUGCUCUCCUCUCCGCUUCGUUCACUGCGGUUGAAUGCUGCGGACUCGGUCAAUCCUAGCCUUGUUAUAUCCGAUUCCCUGACCCGCUCAACGGUAACCGAGCGAAAAAGACGUGUCGGAUCCCGUCAGUCUAAUCGCAGUCUCUGCUCCCCGCCAACUUCCUCACGUACGGCAGACAGUAGUUCUUUGCACGCAUUUCGUAUUCCCUCCACUGCUUCCGCGUCCAUCUCUUCCUCGUUGUCCUCAUCCACUGAACCAUUCACAGUGUCCAAAUCCACUUCCCAGUUACUUGUGGAUGAAGAGGAUCAUAUGAGCAGUACGAAAGAGGUCACCGUGACUACGGCCUCAGGAAGUCCGCAGCGCAGUGAAUCGGCAGUCUAUGCUCCACAAUCCGUCACUCCACAAUUUUUUGCUCCCCGGCAGACGUGUCCGGAGCGAACUGUGGUAGUGCACAAGACACCCGAGGAACCAUUGGGUAUCUCAGUUGCCGGCGGUCGACAUUCACAACGAGGUGACACUCCUAUUUAUGUGACCAACAUCAGCCCGGACUGCGUCUUGGGUCGCGAGAAAUUGGUCAAACGUGGAGAUGUUCUGCUUGAAGUGAACGGAGUCGGUUUGGUCGGUUUGACCCACAACGAAGCAGUAGAUGUUAUUCGUCGAGCUAGUUCUAUGCAGUCACAGGUGGAUUUGCGCCUGAUCGACGCACCAGAAACAGGAGAAGGACCGGAAAACUUCAUGCCCUCCUGGACAUUCUGGUUAAAGUUGCCUCCCGUUUGUCAGCUGGCGCGAACUAUACGUUUGGUGCGUAAUUUCCAGUCUUCUUCGUCCUCAUCCACCCUGGGUGGAUUAGAACCGCUUGGUUUCACCAUCAUCGGCGGUCUAGGUGAUGGAGGGACAAAUGGACGGACCCGAUGCAGCCCUCAAUCUGGAACGGAAUCAUUUGCAGAUCCGACCGAUUCACCUCAGCGAGGGCAUCCAGGUGGCUACACAAACCUCUACCCUUGUCCUAUUGUGAUCAAAUCCAUUGUUCCUGGUUUUCUGGCCUCUCGUGAUGGUCGACUAAAAUGCGGCGAUCUUAUUUUAGCUGUAAACAACGUGUCCAUGUUGAACAUACCUCAUGCGUCCGCAGUUCGCCUGCUUAAACAGCUCCAAGGUGACGUGGCUCUUCAAAUCAUCUCUUGGCCUGGAACUAUCGUAUAG